UUUAAUGAGCUUCCCAAUCAGCUCGCGAGGGCCAGGCGCGCCCCCUCCCUCGCCCAGCUCGCGUCCUCUCCCGGCCCGCUUCCCGCAUCCCUCCCAUUCUCCAUUUCCCUUCCGUUCCCUCCCAGUCUGGGCGUGCUCGAGCCCAAGGCAGGAUCGGGGUCCCCGCCUUCCAGUCCGAAAAUCCCGCCAAGGGAGCCGAAGAGCAGAGGAAAAGCCAAAGUGGGGAGAGGGGACGAAAGAGACCUGUGAGUCACCGUGUGGCAGUCAGGGAGCAGCCGCUUCCGCGAGCAGCAGCGACUGGGGUACCUGGACUCCAGGCAGAAAACCUCGCCCCAUCAACAAAGGCAGCCUGAGCGCGCACCACACGUUUGCAACUCCAAAAUGCAGACCCCACAGUACCUGCAGCAGCGUCGAAAAUUUGCAGCUGCCUUCUUGGCAUUCAUUUUCCUUUUGGCAGUUGUGGAUACCGCUGAAGCAGGAAAGAAAGAGAAACCAGAAAAAAAGGUGAAGAAGUCUGACUGUGGAGAAUGGCAGUGGAGUGUGUGUGUGCCCACCAGUGGGGACUGUGGGCUGGGCACCCGGGAGGGCACCCGGACUGGAGCUGAGUGUAAACAAACCAUGAAGACCCAGAGAUGUAAGAUCCCGUGCAACUGGAAAAAGCAGUUUGGAGCGGAGUGCAAAUACCAGUUCCAGGCCUGGGGCGAAUGUGACCUGAACACGGCCUUGAAGACCAGAACCGGAAGCCUGAAGCGAGCUCUCCACAACGCCGACUGCCAGAAGACAGUCACCAUCUCCAAGCCCUGUGGCAAAGUGACCAAGCCCAAACCUCAAGCAGAAUCUAAGAAGAAGAAAAAGGAAGGCAAGAAACAGGAGAAGAUGCUGGACUAAAUGACACCACCUUCUGUGGAACAGGAAAAGGACAUCAGCAAACAGGAUCAGUUAACUAUUGCAUUUAUACCUACCGUAGGCUUUUUAUUCCAAAAUUAUCUAUAGCUUAAGUACACAAUAGGCAGAAAUAAAAAGAAAAGAAAAAUUUUGUAGUAGCAUUUUUAAAAUAUAUACCAUAGUACAAUUAGGGGCUUAUAAUAAAGGACUGUAAUCCUAUUUAGAAUGUUGACUUAUAGUACAUGAUAAAUGAUAGGAAAUUGAGGUAAGUUUUUUGAAGUCAUGUGAUAUUUUACAUUUAAAAUCUUUUUUUUACAUUUUUUUUUCUUUUGGCAGCAAUUUAAAUGUUAUGACCAUGUAAACUACUUUUCUUGUUAGGUAAUUUUUUCACCUAGACUUUUUUUUCCCAAUUAAGAAAAAUAUAUACUAAACAAAGCAACAAUAAAAUAUGAUCAUCCUAUUUGAGGAAAAUAUGUUUUCUGCCAGUGGAUUUAAAAACUUUUAGUCUGAAAAAUGAGGGGAGGGGUCAGAGCAUGUCCUAGUUCAAUGUUGAUUUCUUUUUUUAAAGAAAAGCAUUAAAACAUGAAAUUGUUUCACUUUGGCAGAAAUAUUUGCUCUCUUGAUGAAAUUAUUUUUCCUUAUGAGCAAAAAAAAAAAAAAAAAAGGACUAGGAAAAUAAAUCAAGGUGAUGUCAAAAAAAAA